AUGGUGCUCGCGGCCGUGGCACAAAUCAAGAGCACCGGCGUGAUCGCCGACAACCUCGCGCAAGCAGUCUCGGUGAUCCAGCGCGCCGCUCGCUCGGGAGCCAAAGCGAUCUUCCUGCCCGAGGCGACCGACUUUAUUGCGCCCACUGCUGCGGUUGCUGAGCUAACACGCUCUGCGGACAACGCUGAGUUCGUACGGGGCAUCCAGACCGCCGCGCGCGACGCGAAAGUGUGGGUCUCGGUGGGCAUCCACGAGCCGCCAAGUGCCGAGCAGGACGCAAGGGACAAGGUCGAGAACCGUGGACGGCUGCGCUGCUACAACACCCAGCUGCUGAUCGACCAGCAAGGAGACAUCCUCGACAAGUAUCGCAAGCUCCAUCUGUUCGACGUCGACAUCAAGGGAGGCCUCAAGAUCCUCGAAAGCGAUUCGACGCUCAAGGGUAGCCAGCUGUUGGCGCCGAGGCAGACGGCGAUUGGCAAUAUUGGGCUGCUGACGUGCUACGACCUGCGGUUCCCUGAGCCGUCGCUGUCGCUCAGACGCCAGGGUGCACAGGUGCUCACUUAUCCGUCGGCCUUCACCGUGCGCACCGGCGCCGCACACUGGGAGACGCUGCUGAGGGCAAGAGCCAUCGAGACGCAGAGCUACGUGCUGGCGGCGGCGCAGGUCGGCGCGCACGACAGGACCAAACGUGUCUCGUGGGGCCACGCCAUGAUCGUCGACCCAUGGGGAUCCGUCAUCGCGCAAGCUCCAGAUAUCCAGCCGUACAAGGCCACCUACUGCAUGGCCGACAUCGACCUCGAGGCGCUCGAAAACACGCGCCAGGAGAUGCCGCUGUGGCACCAGCGCCGCGACGACAUCUUCCCGCAGCUGUGA